GACCUUCGAUAUACGCCAGUAUAUCUUCUUGAUGUGCACGAAGGUGCAUAUACAGGGCGUUACGAAGGGCAUGCCCUAUCGAGUUGAUAUCGCGUGAAGUCACCAGGAGAUGACAUUCAAGGGAUUGGAGCCUGUCGAGCAGUCCAUGACGGUUGGCGCCAAGUUCUGUAAUGUCAUCCAAAGCGUCGACAACAACGAAAGGUUGCAAAAAUCGUUUGAUUCCCGACAUGAGUGUCUUGUGAACCUCUUCCAGAGUUGGACGGUAGCAUCUUCCCCGAGGGAAUUCAUAACCACCAGCAACAUCUUUGAAAAGUAGGAGACUAUUAAUGAUCUUCAACAAGCUGUUCUAAAAGACUUGCAACAAGGUCGUAAAGUGUUGUUUGCUCUUUGUAGUUGCAAUAAAUGUAGGCCACAGCAAGCAUCAGUGUUCUUGUGCUUUUUGGUGAGAGAAUAUGAGACCUAAAAGCAAACCGAUUUUGAUCAGAGUGAGUAGUUGGUGUUUGUUAAAACACUUGGGCGAUAACGGUUUUUCCG